GAACCCGUCCCGCAAUAUUCGCGCAAGCGUGUACGCGAGGAAGUGACCGUCUCGAUCUCCCCACGUCUUGAGAGGCUGCUCGACACGAGAAGAAGAGUACCGCCAGUGGACGAGGCCAGUGCUGGCCAGACACUCUCGCGGCACAACUCGCUGUCCGCGAUAAUUGCGUUCUAAUAUUUUUUCGGAUUUUGUGAAGUCUAUUUCUCAGUGGAACGUCUUGGAUUAUUUACACUUGAAUUUCGAUUUUUCGAUUUUUGCUUUCAGCAUUGGUGAGGAAAAAAUUGUAGGCAAUGCCAUCGACAAGGGAGAGCUCACAUGUGAGCAGAAAAUACGUGAGUCAUGGUGGUGCUAUAUCUGGACAGGGCCACUCGGCAAACUCGGCCAGCAGCCUCGAGAACAACUUGGACGCCCUCCUGGAAGAUCUCCAAACAAGUGUUUCAAGGAGUACAACCCCCAGCGGUAGACGCCCGAUUUCCCCCCAAUACGAAUACAGAUCGGCGGCAAACCCGGUGAGAACAGUCACCGAAGUCAGAUCGACCUCACCAAUACGCACAACAACAACGACAACAGAAAAAUACGUGAGUGCAGCCCCAGUAGGUCUGGGCAGUGGUAUUCCCGGUCUCGAGUCACUUGACGCUGAACUACGAAACGUCCAGCCAGGACAGAGCAAAACCGUAGCCUACAAGCAAGUUUCCUAUCAGUAUAGCAAGAAUCAAGAUGGAAAACCAAUUGAUUCAUUCGCAACAACGGAAAACGCAUUAUCCACGAAUACUGUGCCAUUAUCUGACGACAUACAUGAGAGAAGUUACGAAGAGAUUAUAAGGAGACGGAGGAGUCCGGAGAGGAGUACCAAAACUUCUACAGUGAAUAGAGAACUAGUUUACGGCGACACCUACUCCUCCUCCCGCGCGAAGCAGCCAUCGCCCCUGGGGAAUAAUCAAUCGAAAGAAGUGAAAAUAAUCCGGGAAACAUCCGCUUACCCCUCGGAGUCAAAGACGAUCUCCUCGAACUACCACACGAGAGACCGUACCGAGGAGUUCGGAGUGGAGCGCGUCCCGGUGCCCGAGCACUUGGCUCCCGGGCCGAACACAAAGGUGACGACCACGAUAAAGACCUACACUUACGAGCUGCCCGGUGCCCCCGAGACGUAUGUCCCACCAGGAGGUACGGGGCUCGACCAAACGGUCUCCUACAAGAUCGAUAAAACGUUGGAGAGAUCGGCGAGUCCGAUCAGGUACACGAGCACUCCCGAAGUGAGUCAGAAGUCCUCAGUUCUGCACAAAGAGUCCAAGUUCUAUCACGAGGAUCUUCAUGGCUCCCCGACGUACGGGAAACCCCUGACGCCGUCUCCCGUGAAUUAUGAGACGACCACUACGAAGAAGGAGAACUUCUACAUCAGGGAUGAGAGAUACGAGAACGGGUACUUGCCGGCGGAUAGGGUUGAUCAUCCGGGUUACCCCAGCCACCCUCCCUACACUGAGACAACAACGACAACAGUCAUUGACAGAGUUGAAGAGCUUUAUCCCGACAAACCCGGCUCACCUCACGGCUACUACACUUCCCCGCCCCCACCAACUGGAGGCUCCAGUGUAUACAAAUAUUCGAAGGAGACCCAUAAUCUGCACGACCGUGAGGUACUCCUGCCGAAACCAUUCCCCACGGGCACGCAAUUGUACCCCGUCAAUGGAAAAGGGCCGAGUAAUGGGGAGGGGCCACCGAAGAGAGUGGAUGACCUCAUGGCUUCCUUUUCCGAUUCCGAGCGGGAGGUGCUGGUUGACAUUCAGAGGGAAGACAGAAUUCAGAAGAAGAAUAGGGUCAAGGAUGGCGAUGCGCCGAAGAAGGAAGUGGAGUUUGCGAAACAUUCGCCUCCAGUAGUACAAAGCAAGAACGUUGCAGGCCCACCGGUUUAUUAUCCCCCUGGGACGAAGGAGUUCAGGAUGAAGGAGGAGAGUUCUAUGGCGAUGAAGGAGGGAGGGGGCCAGUGGGAACGCGGCAAGGGAAUGUACGAGUACGAGAAAGGCUCCAAGAGCAAGCAGAAGCAAAGCAGUGGCAAGGCUGUGGUACCGGUUUGCCUCCCCCUAUGCUGUGCCAUGCCCUGCACCAUAAUGUAACCGAAAACUAACCCUAGAAAUUGCCACAAAAGUGUACAUUUCUGUUGCUCGAACGAUUUAUCAAAAGACCUUACAAUUUUCUUCUGUAUGACUGACUCAAAACUGACAUUAAAUCGCCCGUUUUCUAAUCAAAAACCAUUUAUCGAAUAAUGUUGAAUAGUUUAAUCAAAGCUGGAGGAUUUGUAUGACACAUAUGCAUUCAUUGAAAUAAACAUGCCGAUUAAAUUAUUCCCUAA